AAGGAAUAGGUCCAAUAGGACAACAAUGCCACAGCAACAAAAUCAGCACCACAGCGGUCCAAAUGGCCAGGAACAACCACAAGUGGUGGCGGUAAUGGUCCCAUUUCCGGCCCAAGGCCACCUAAACCAGCUACUCCAACUCUCCCGCCUCCUCCUUUGCCACCACAUCCCUGUCCACUACGUUGGCACCGCCACCCACGUCCGCCAGGCCAAGCUUCGUGUCCACAGCUGGGACCCCCUAGCCACCGCCAACAUCCAUUUCCACAGCUUUGAAAACCCUCCAUUUCUUUCCCCUCCUCCUGACUCCAAUGCAACUAUUAAAUUCCCUCCCCAUCUCCAGCCCGCCUUCGACGCCUCCCUGCACCUCCAUGUUUCUUUGAUCCCAAAUGCAGAAUCCUACACUUUCCAUAGUGUCUCUGCCUUCGCAUAUUUCCUUUACAUAUGGGAAAAACAGGGGAAACCAAUAGAAGUAAUUGAAGAGUUCCUUGAAGACGUUCCAUCUGUUGAAGGAUGCUUCUCUUCGGAGUUCUUGAAUUUCCUUGACUUCCAACACCGGUACAAGAAUUCCAACUCCGGAUUGAUAUUCAGCACAAGCAAGAUCAUAGAAGGUACUUCCAUGGAGCUUCUUGAGCAAACGGUAGGUGGUGAACUCCGUGAUUUAUGUGUCUUUGGGACAACCACCACCAUGAGCAAUGAACAGAUCAAGGAGCUCGCAAUGGGGUUGAAGCAAAGCGGCCAAAAAUUCAUCUGGGUAUUGAGGUAUGCAGAUAAAGGAGAUGUCUUUGCCGGAGAAGAAUGCAGAUGGCUGGAUCUCCCAAAAGGGUUUGAAGAUUCGGUGAAAGAUGUGGGGCUGGUGGUAAGAGACUGGGCACCGCAGCUGGAAAUUCUAGCUCAUCCGGGUACUGCCGGGUUUGUGAGCCACUGCGGCUGGAAUUCCUGCUUGGAGAGUAUCACCAUGGGAGUUCCGAUUGGGGCGUGGCCUAUUCACUCCGAUCAACGAAGAAACACUGUGUUGAUUACGACAUUGCUCAAGGUUAGGAUAGUUGUUAGGGAUUGGGCGCGGCGAGAUGAGGUAAUGACGGCAUCUGCCAUUGAUGUUGAGGUGGUGAGGUGAGGAGGAGAGCAGCUGAGCUUGGAGAUGCGAUGCGGUAGUCGAUGGCGGAAGGUGGGGUUUCCCAUAAAGAGUGGCAUUCCUU